GUCGGCCCCGCGUCGAUGUAGUGUGGCACUCCGAUCGAGGAUCCGGAGAGACGUCCGGGAGCAAGAGGAUAUCCCGACAGGAGAGAAGAGGUUAGCGACCAGAGGCGGCUGGCACCUUCCGCUCGGUUCCUUCGACCAAGAUCAAAAGUGAAAUCAAAAUUACGGUCGGUAGCACGGCGAGAAGAAAUCGUCGCCGCCCCAAGGAUAUCAAAAGUGUGAAAUCAAAAUCGAGUCGGGUGAUCCGCGCGAGGCUCGAAGAUAGGCCGGGACAUUUUUGUGUGAUGAUUCGAUGCGCGCCGGAAGAGGAUCCACGCACCGAGCUAUUUUUCUACGAGCGUUUUCUGCGAAAAUCUCCGAAAAUAUCCGCGUGAAGCGGCCGAGCAGCCUGUCGCGGUGCCGUCUCGCGGGAAGAUAGAGAGUGCGACGAGAGAAGAUACGUAGUGGACAGAGGAUAGCGAGGACAGAGAGGUUGCCACCGAUGGCAGAGCUAGGCGUUCGCACGCGACGCGAUCAACCCGGCCGAGGAUAAGUCAGCGGAACGAGCGCCGGCGAGGAGAGUUCGCGGCGGACGCGCGCUGGGAAUCGCGAGGAUCGUCCGGGAUUCGUUUGGUCCCCGUAGAGAUAUGGAUGCUCUGGAAUUGCAAGCGGCUCUGGUCAAGCUGGACCCGGCCACCACGGUCACGCCGAUCGGCUCGAACUCGAAGAUCGCGCCUGGCCAUCACCGCCUCGCGUUCGCGGUGGACAUCGACGAGAGCAAUCCGACCCUGGAGAGCGCCACGUUGAACGACGAGGCGUCGACGAACGGCUCGAGCAACGGCUCGAGAAAGUUGCAGGGCAAGUGCUCGGCGAACCUGAGCGUGCCCGGCCAUCAGAACCAUCCGAGCGCGCAGCAGAUAGGGGUGGCCAAGUGCAGCAUGGCGGAGGUCAGGUGACGCCAGCCUUGCUUCGAUCUCAUCUUCUACCACACCUAUCCGCCGCACAGGAGCAGCAAGCACCACGCUAAGCAUCAUUCGAAGGAGAAGAGACAUAGGUCG